GCAUCUGCAAAUUGUGUUUGUUUUUGAUUUUAAUAUAAAAAAGUGUUUCCUUUUGAAAGUGUAAUUGUAACCCCCUAUGUAAAUGAAGGGCAUACGAGAUGAGUAUAGUUAGGCAAUGAUGGUAUUGUUGUGCGAGUGAGUCUUUGAACAUCUUCCCUUUUCUAUUCACUCUUAUUCAUGGCGGCAACCCAACCACCACACACUACGGAUCGUCCCACCGAAGCAAUAUCAACUGAAUCGGAUAACAUGAAGGAUCAAAUUGUGGGUACAACAACUAUAGGUCAUUCAAGGGAUAUCACAAAUCAGUCAGGAUCUUUUGGUUCAGGCGGAGAUCAACCACUGUACCCUCCUAAUGUGUAUGCACCCCAGGCUCAGGCCCAACCUUUCUACUAUAGAGGUUUUGACAAUGGCAACGGCGAAUGGGAUGAGUAUCCUUCAUAUGUCAAUCCUGGUGGAAUAGAAAUUGGAUCUCCUGGUGUCUACAAUGAAAAUCAAUCCCUUGUUUUCCAUUCUGGAUAUGGCUUCAACCCGCAAAUGCCAUACGGACCAUAUUCCCCAGUUACCUCACCUUUGCCUUCUGUAGGCGGAGAUGCACAGUUAUACUCUCCUCAGCAAUUUCCAUACACUCCACCUUAUUACAACCAGCUGGUUCCUCCGAGCUUACCAUAUCUGAAUUCACCGACUCCAGUUUCUCAGCCAGAGCUAACCAACCUCUUAGGUAUUGACCAGCAAGUUGAAAGCAAUUUUUUUGGACCCAGAGCAGGCUAUCCCUCCAUGGGAUCUUUUGCUAGAGGAAACUUUCCUGUAGCCCCUGGUUCUUUCAGCUUUCAUGAAUCUCAGCAAGGAUUUGAUGGAUCAAGAUCUGGUGGACUCUGGUCGGAUUCCUCCAAACCUUCAGAAAGGCAGAGGUCUUUGAUGCCUCUAUCCACAUCUGUUUCUCAACAGCCUAUUGGCUCUGUCAGGUCAUUUGGGCCGAGUGCUGGAAUGGCUUCUCAUCAACAGCGAUCACUGUAUGGGUUUGGAUCCAGUUCAAACCCCUAUGGUAGAGGAUAUCUCUCUAACACUGGUUCUAGCUUUGGAGGAUCAGGCAUUUCCGGCCUUAGUGCUAAUGAUAGGAGCUUCCUUUCUCUUGAGAAUAGCCGACGGCACGGCAGGGAAACUGCUUCUCUCUGCAGAUGUAAUGGUACUCUUGAUAUCCUUAGUGAGCAAAACCGAGGACCAAGAGCCUCAAAGCUGAAAAAUUAUAUAUCAUCUGAAAAUAAUUCUAUUGAUGGUAGUAAAAAUAAUGCAUCUACUGCCAAGUUCCAAGAUGAAUCGCUCAAUCGGCCAGAUUUUGCCACUGAUUACAGGGAUGCCAAAUUUUUUGUCAUCAAAUCUUAUAGCGAAGAUAACGUUCAUAAGAGCAUUAAAUAUGGUGUCUGGGCAAGUACACCAAAUGGAAACAGAAAGUUAGAUGCUGCAUAUUGCCAAGCAAAGGAGAAACAAGAUGCCUGUCCGAUUUUUCUUCUUUUUUCGGUAAAUGCUAGUGCUCAGUUCUGUGGAGUAGCUGAAAUGGUUGGACCUGUCAAUUUUGACAAGAAUGUGGAUUUCUGGCAGCAAGAUAAGUGGAGUGGGCAGUUUCCUGUGAAGUGGCACAUAAUAAAAGAUGUUCCAAACAGUCAGUUUCGUCACAUUGUUCUUGAAAAUAAUGAUAACAAGCCCGUUACCAACAGUCGAGAUACUCAGGAGGUGAAGUUGCAACAGGGGAUUGAAAUGUUGAGCAUUUUUAAAAACUAUGAAACUGAUACGUCCAUACUUGAUGAUUUUAAUUUCUAUGAAGAACGGCAGAAGGCCAUGCAAGAACGAAAGGCAAGGCAGCAAAGUAGCGGAUUAGUUGGUGGGAGUGAGCAUAGGAGUUGUUCCGAAAGUACCGGUGAUUUCAUCAAGCAGGUGUCAGAAAACUUUGCUCUUGUUGUUCGCUUAGAUGACAAGAAUAACCAAGUUAUUGCUGCCAACACGGAUGCUCCUACUGGUAAUGUAUUUAAACCCGACGAAGGCAUUUUAGUGACUGGCUCUUCAAUGCAAACCAGUUAGAACCAAGAAUAUUGAUCACAUAAGCCGACUACGCAUGAAAGUCGGGAUCAUGCUUGCUUUAUCUUGUUAGCUUUUCCAACAAGGCAGUGUUUUGAUGCCAUCAAAAUCAUCAGGGUACCCAUAAUAGGUGGUUUUGCAUACUAAGUUUUCUUGAGUGACUUGACUUAAUUCUUUACUUUGAACUCACUUACAUUACACAUUCACUUCCCCGUUGUUUAAUAAUUUUGGGCUUGUUAGGGUCUGAUUCAUUUUCAUAUAUAUAUCUUUUUCGUUUUCUCUUCA